AUGAAGCUGAAGGACUCAUUAAUUGCUUCUCACAGUCAACAGGACAAAAGCUCAGUUUGUCUUGAAAGCAAAAAAAGAUUCUUUGUCUGCCAGCCAAAUCUAGGCUCCAAAAUGUUCCAGGUUCUCUUGGUAACCAUCUGCUUAGCGGUUUUUCCAUAUUAAGGGAGUUCUAUAAUCUUGGAAGCUGGGAAGGUUAACGAUUAUGAAGUAGUUUAUCCACAAAAAAUCCAUCCAUUGCCCAAAAGCAGAAAUCAGCAGCGUGAGCAAAAGGUGAACUAUGAAGAUACCUUGAAAUAUGAAUAUAGAGAGCCAGUGGUCCUUCACUUAGAACAAAAUAAAGAACUUUUUUCUAAAGAUUACACCGAGACUUAUUAUUCCCCUGAUGGCAGAGAAAUUACAACUAGCCCUCCGGUUGAGGAUCACUGCUAUUAUCAUGGACGCAUCCAGAAUGACAUUGACUCAACUGCAGUCAUCAGUACAUGUGACGGCUUGAAAGGACAAUUCACGCAUCAAGGUGAGACGUACCUUAUUGAACCCUUGAAGGUUUCUGACAGUGAAGCCCAUGCAGUCUACAAAUAUGAAAAUGUAGAAAAAGAGGAUGGGACCCCCAAAACCUGUGGAGUAACCCAGACUACUUGGGAAUCGGAUGAGUCUAUCAUAAAGACCUCUCAGGUGUCUAUUACUCCUGAAGAACAAAAAGACUUCUUGGAGGACAAAAAAUAUGAGCUUUACAUAGUUGCAGAUCACGUAUUGUUCUUGAAGUACAGUAGCAACAGGACUGUUAUAAGGAUGAGAGUAUUUGAAAUGAUCAACUAUAUAAAUUGGGUUUAUGCAGCUUUGAAUAUUCGUUUAGCAUUGGUUGGCAUAGAAAAUUGGAACAAUAGGAAUGAGUUUGUGGUCAGUUCAUCAGAGGACAACAAUUUGAACUCCUUUUCAAACUGGAGAAAUUCAAUUCUGCUGAAGCGCAAAAGGAAUGACAACGCUCAGUUACUCACGGGUGUUGACCUAAGUGGAGGAACUAUAGGAUACGCUUCCCUUGGCAGUAUGUGCAGUUCUUGGGGAUCUACGGGAAUCAUUCAGGAUCAUGCCAAACAUGCAUAUUUGGUUGGGGCUACAAUGGCUCAUGAGAUCGGUCAUAAUCUGGGCAUGAACCAUGAUGCAAAUUCUUGUACUUGCACGAAAGGCCCAUGCAUUAUGGCUGCUAGUGAAGAGCUAGAAGUUUCUAUGCAGUUCAGCUCUUGUAGUUUACAGGAUUAUCAGAAUUAUAUGAUGACUAGGACCCCACAAUGUCUUAUCAACAAACCCUUCGACACAGAUAUUGUUCAAGAUGCAGUUUGUGGGAAUUACUUUGAGGAGAAGGGAGAAGAAUGUGACUGUGGCUCUCCAGAGGAAUGUGAAAACAAGUGCUGUGACGCUGCAACAUGUAAACUGAAACCUGGGGCAGAGUGUGCAGAAGGGGCAUGUUGUGAGGAAUGCCAAAUUAAGAAAGCAGGAACAGAAUGCCGGAAGGCAAGAGAUGACUGUGACUUGCCUGAACUCUGCACUGGAAAAUCUGCUGAAUGUCCCAUAAGCUUUCAAAAGAAUAAACACCCAUGCCAAAACAACCAAGGUUACUGCUUCAGGGGGAACUGCCCUUUGGCAAACCAAUGUACUGCUCUCUGGGGGCCUGAUGCACAAGUGGCUCCAGAUGAAUGUUUUGAGAAUAACACGAAAGGUGAUGUGUAUCGCUACUGCAGUAAGAUAAAUGAUAGAAAUAUUCCAUGCAAACCAGAGAAUGUAAAAUGUGGCAGGUUAUUCUGCACAGGUGGUAAAGAGCACCCUUCGGCUGGAGAAAAGGUCUCAUUUGGUUCGUGGAAAGCCAGCUAUAUUGAAGAAAUUGAAGAUAUUGGAAUGGUUGAUCCAGGAACAAAAUGUGGAAAAGGAAAGGUCUGUCGCUUGGGGAAUUGUGUUGACUUAUAGACAGUCUUUGGAUGAACAAUUAACUUCUCUCAAAUUUGAUUUCGGAGAUCCUCCUUCCAGAAGUCUUCCUUC